AUGGGAGGCAUAAACAAGCCCGGAAAGCCGAAGUCUAAGCGGACGCCCGUCCGUUUGCGGCACAAGAUUGAGAAGGCAUCCGCGGCGAAGCAGCGCAAGGCUAGAAAGGAGGCCAAGAAGAACCCGCAAUGGAAGUCGAAGCUGAAGAAGGACCCCGGUAUCCCGAACCUGUUCCCUUACAAAGAGAAGAUUCUCCAUGAAAUCGAGGAGGCGCGGGUGAGGAAGCAAGAGGAACGGCAACGGCGCAUCGAGAUGACCAAAGCGGCCAAGACUGGUGCUACAGACGAGGCAGACAAUGGAGAGAUGGCCAUGGAAGGCGCAGAAGAGGAGGAGACCUUCGACGAUAGCGACUUGAUGGACGAGGACGACGCAGACGACUCCAACCCGAUGGCAGCGCUCAUCGCCAGCGCAAGAGCUGCCGCCGCGAAAUACGACCGCGAUCUAGGCAGCGAAGGCGAAAUGGACGAGGACGACGAUGACGAAGAUGAUGACGAUGAAGGCGUUGCUCAGGACUCAUCGAGGAAAGCGCACGACAAGGUUUUCAAGCAGGUUGUGGACCAGGCCGACGUUGUACUCUACGUUCUGGACGCUCGUGACCCCGAGGGCACAAGAUCAAGAGAGGUCGAACGGAUGGUCAUGGCUGCAGCAAGUGGCGGAAAGAGAUUAAUACUUGUGCUCAACAAGAUCGAUCUGAUCCCGCCGAAAGUCCUCAAGGACUGGCUUGUCUACCUUCGACGAUACUUCCCAACGCUGCCUUUACGAGCUUCCGGUUCUGCUCCGAACGCGCAGACAUUCAACCACCGAGAGCUCACCGUUCAGAGCACAUCUUCGACAUUAUUCAAGUCCCUGAAAUCCUUUGCCGCCUCGAAACAACUGAAGCGCGCCGUGUCCGUCGGCGUCAUUGGAUAUCCCAACGUCGGAAAGUCGUCUGUUAUCAACGCACUCCUUGCUCGACUGGGUGGCCGUGGAAGAGCAGCCUGCCCUGCCGGUGCCGAAGCAGGUGUCACGACAAGCAUUCGCUCCGUCAAGAUCGACAGCAAGCUGACCUUACUCGACUCGCCUGGUAUUGUCUUCCCUUCGGUGGUCGAUGGCGAGUCGACGUUGAAGAAGAACGCCAUCGAGGAGCACGCACACCUUAUCCUGCUGAACGCAGUCCCGCCGAAGCAGAUUGACGACCCGAUACCCGCGGUCCAGUUGCUGCUUAAGAGACUGUCUGCCUCCCCGGAGCUGCUGCAGAAGUUGAUGGAUGUCUAUGAUCUUCCGCCGCUAAUGACGACCGAUGGCGAUGUCACAACAGAUUUCCUGGUACAGGUGGCUCGCAAGCGUGGAAGACUCGGACGCGGCGGCAUUCCGAACUUGCCCUCUGCUGCCAUGACAGUUGUGACUGACUGGCGGGACGGACGUAUCCAGGGAUGGGUGGACGCACCAGUGCUACCAGUUGCAGUAGGCGAUAUUGCAAGCAAGAAGACCAGCGGAAAGCAGGGCGGAUCAGCGGAACCGACCGCUAUGCCCGACCAGAAGCAGAUAGUGACGGAAUGGGCCAAAGAGUUCAGUCUUGAGGGUCUGUGGGGUGAUGAUGGUGUUGAUACGAAGGCAGUGGGUGAUGCUAUGGAGCAAUAA